AUCUAUUUUCUUUCAAUGUUUAUUUUUAACAGGAUAAAUUAUCAUGUAUUGAGCAAAUCUAACAUACGUGUUCUCACAACCAUAUAGUGUAAAUUAAGAAAUUCAAUGUGUACAUCGAGAUAUAAUAUCUAGGUACUUUCCAAACCAAAUACGAUAAUGGCAGUUUCUUUACCGAUAGCUCCCGCCAAAAUAACCACCACAAAACCCAUCAUCAUAAUAACAGAAUUCCCUACCAACCCAAAAACCCUACUCUUACAAAAAUGCAAAACUAUAAAGGACCUCAAUCAAAUCCAUGCCCAUCUCAUCAAAACCCGGAUCCUCAACGACCCGUUGGUGGCCGAAAACUUUCUCGAAUCAGCAGCGAUCAUCAUUCGCAAUCAACCCAUAGACUAUGCCAUUUCAGUUUUCGGAAACUUAACUGACCCGAAUACGUCUGCAUACAAUGUCAUUAUCAGGGGACUUACUUUAAAGAAAAUGUAUCAAGAAGCUAUUCUUAUGUUCAAGAAAAUGAUGGAAAACAAUGUGGAAGUUGAUGAGUUUACGUUUUCGGGUGUUUUGAAAGCGUGUUCAAGAUUAAAGGGUUUAGAAGAGGGGAAACAGGUUCAUGGGAAAGUUAUGAAAUUGGGGUUUGGAAGUUGUGGCUUUGUUGAAAAUAGUUUGAUUAACAUGUAUGGGAAUUGUGGGCAAGUUGGGGUUGCACGCAAGGUGUUUGAUGAAAUGUCUGACCGAGAUGUUUAUGCGUGGAAUGCGUUGUUUGCUGGGUAUACGAAGAGCGGGUGUUGGAAAGAGGCUGUUGAUUUGUUUUGGUAUAUGUUGGAAGUUGGUGCGAGGUUUGACGAAGUUACGUUGGUUAGUGUUUUGACUGCGUGUGGGAGAGUUGGUUGUUUGGAGUUGGGGGAAUGGAUUGGGAAGUAUGUAGAGGAAAAUGGGUUAAAUGGGAAUAUUACUUUGGUUACUGCUCUUGUUGAUAUGUAUGCGAAGUGUGGGCAUGUGGAUACUGCACGGAGUUUGUUUGAUCGGAUGUUGCGUAAGGAUGUGGUUGCUUGGAGUGCAAUGAUAUCUGGUUACAACCAAGCGAAUAGAUGCAAGGAAGCACUUUCUUUGUUCCAUGAUAUGCAAAAGGCUGAUGUGGAGCCGAAUGAGGUCACUAUGGUUAGUGUGCUUUCUUCGUGUGCCGAACUUGGAGCUUUAGCAACGGGUAAAUGGGUUCAUUUCUAUAUAAAGAAGAAGAAAUUGCCACUCACGGUAACACUUGGAACUGCUUUAUUAGUUUUCUAUGCAAAAUGUGGCUCUAUCGAGAAUUUGGUUGAAGUCUUUGAAAAGAUGCCUAGUAAAAAUGUUUUAUCAUGGACUGUUCUCAUUCAAGGUCUUGCAAGCAACGGCCAAGGAAAAACAGCACUUAAGUACUUUGACCUGAUGCUAGCAAAACAUAUAAAACCAAAUGAUGUCACUUUCAUUGGCGUUCUAUGUGCUUGCAGUCAUGCGGGUCUGGUUGACAAGGGGCGUGCUUUGUUUGUGAGCAUGACUCGUGAUUUUAAUAUAGAACCGAGAAUUGAACAUUAUGGUUGCAUGGUUGAUAUACUUGGGAGAGCAGGAUUGAUUGAGGAUGCAUAUCAAUUUAUACAGAACAUGCCUAUAAAACCUAAUGCAGUUAUCUGGAGAACAUUGUUGGCAUCAUGCAAAGUUCACAAGAAUGUUAGAAUCGGGGAAGAAUCACUAAAGUAUAUAACGAGUUUGGAACCUGCUCAUAGUGGGGAUUAUUUACUUCUAUCUGGUUUAUAUGCAUCUGUUGGUCGGUUGAAAGAUGCAGUUAGGGUUAGAAGUGAGAUGAAAGAAAAGGGAAUCAAAAAGACUCCCGGUUGUAGCUCAAUUGAGGUAAAUGGGCUCAUCCACGAGUUCUUUUCUGAAGAUAAUGCACACCCAGAGUCUAAUGAAAUUUACGCAGCAACUGAAAAGAUGAUGCAAAAGAUUAAGAUGGCUGGCUAUGUACCGAAUAUAUCAGAGGCAAGAUUGGAGGCAGAAGAUUAUGAUAAGGAAAUAUCGAUCUCUCAUCAUAGUGAGAAGUUGGCGAUUGCUUUUGGCCUAAUUAAGACUCUUGAUGGUACCCCUAUUAGAAUAUCCAAAAAUCUCAGGGUAUGUACUGAUUGCCACGAUGCAACAAAGAUGAUUUCAAAAGUUUACAAUAGAGAAUUCAUUGUUAGGGAUCGCACUCGCUUUCACCAUUUUAAAGAUGGAUCAUGUUCCUGCAAUGAUUAUUGGUGAACCUAUGACACUUCAUCUCAUAGUGCACCUUGUUAUAUGAAUGAACCCGAAGAAUUUGAUUUUUGUAGGAUA